AUGUCGAGCAACGAGAAGAAAUGUCCUGUCAAGAACACUGAGAUGGCGAGGAAUUAUGAGGAAGAUCGACAGACUAAGUCGCAAGAGACCGUCUAUACUACAUCGAACGGAUGUCCGGUACCUCACCCAUAUGCUACUCAACGAGCCGGUGUCAAUGGUCCUUUAUUACUGCAAGAUUUCCACUUGAUUGAUUUGCUUUCGCAUUUCGAUCGAGAGAGGAUCCCAGAAAGGGUCGUUCAUGCUAAAGGAAGUGCCGCACAUGGUGUAUGGGAAUGUACGGAAGGAUUAGAAGAUCUUUGUAUGGCAGAUAUGUUCAAAAAGGGUACGAAAUGCCCUUUGACCAUCAGGUUUUCUACAGUUGGCGGAGAAUCUGGCUCUCCAGACCUUCAAAGAGAUCCAAGAGGGUUUGCUAUCAAGUUUAAGACUCAAGAGGGCAAUUGGGAUUUCGUAGGUAACAAUACACCUGUCUUCUUCUUGAGAGAUCCGGCAAAAUUCCCUCAUUUCAUUCACACCCAAAAGAGACACCCAGCUACUCACUUGUCUGGAGGUGACGAUAGUACCAUGUUCUGGGAUUAUCUAUCCCAAAAUCCCGAAGCCAUUCACCAAGUCAUGAUCUUGAUGGGUGAUCGAGGUAUACCCCAAGGCUGGAGAUUCAUGCAUGGAUACUACGGCCAUACACUAAAAAUAGUCAAGAGGAACGGUGAAUGGGUAUACGCUCAAUUCCACAUUAUCUCCAAUCAAGGAACCAAAACUUUCACACAAGAAGAGGCUUCUUCUCUAUCUCCCGAUUACGGACAGAAGGAUCUCUACGAAGCUAUCGAAAAAGGAGAUUACCCAUCUUGGACAAUGAAGGUCCAAACGAUGACUGCCACGGAAGCCGAGGAAUUAUGGGAGAAACAGAGGAUCAACGUAUUUGACUUGACUCACGUGUGGCCUCAAAAACAAUUCCCUCUUAGGCCUGUCGGGACAUUGACAUUGAACGAGAAUCCUAAGAACUACUUUGCCGAAGUCGAACAAUCCGCUUUCAACCCUGCCCAUAUGAUUCCAGGUAUAGAACCGAGUGCCGACCCAGUCUUACAAUCUCGUCUGUUCUCUUACCCUGAUGCGCACCGACACAGAAUCGGAGCAAACUACCAACAAUUACCUGUCAAUGCGCCAAUAUGUCCAUUCAGAAUGGCCAAUUUCCAACGUGAUGGUCAAAUGGCAUUCUUCAACCAGGGUUCCAGACCUGCUUAUCUAUCUUCAAUCGAACCUAUUCAAUUCAAAGAUCGGGCUUAUGACCUUAACAAAGUACACGGUAAAUUCGUUGGCGAAGCGGUAUCAUUCUUAAGUGAGAUUCGACCAGAAGAUUUCAAUGCCCCUCGAAAACUCUGGAGAGACGUUUUCAGUGCCGAGUCUAAGAAGAGAUUCAUCGAAACUGUUUCAGGACAUAUGAAGAAUUGCAAAGACCAGGAAAUUCUCAAGAGACAGAUAGCGAUUUUCAGAGAAGUAUCUCCAGAUAUCGCUGAAGGUUUAGAGAAAAAGUUAGGCUUUAAAGGUUAUAGCGGAAUCAAGGGCAUGAACUUUAAUGGAACUCAUAAUGGUAUGACUGAGAAGAAGAUCCCAGCCAACGGGAUGACUGUAGAUAGUGAGGUCGUUUUCAACAAUGGUGCUCCCAGACGAUCUAGAUUGUGA